AUGCCGCAAGCGUCUAACAUCCGCCACCAGAGAAGCCAAUCUCCAGCUCCGAGAAGUCCACUUUCCCAACCACCGCUUACAUCCGCAGACGUGGCGAAGAAGAAGGUAAAGAAGAAGUCGGACGAUGCUGCUAGAAGUGACCAUGAUAGCACAGUUAGAACUGAAGCGAAAACGCUUUUUGAUGAAUCGGCCGAGCCUUCGCCAAUGAGUCAAUCUCCCGCUUCUAUGCCGCCUAUCCCACCCGCUCCGGCGGCGGUUGAUCCCCCAAGCGCCGCUGAUUCACCGGCUUUUGGACCCCUGGAACCAUAUUCACCAUCCCCAGGUGAGGCAGAUUUGGCUACAAGAACGGACUCAUGGGCAAGAGGGGUGCCGUUUGGAAAAAGCCCGCCGAAUGACCCCACAGAUGGAGUCGGCUUCGGUGAAUCACCUCCAGCCUUCGCUCUACCGCCUCGUGGGGAUAUUUAUCGUCAAGAUUCUCCCUCAACUUCACCUCCACAGGCACGACUUCGACCACCAGGCUAUGCAGAUGCGAGUCCAGCCUCUACGCCGCCAAACAAUAUACCCCGCGAGAGGCAACAGCGUUAUUCCAUUAGCAGUCAUCGUAGCAAUAGGCUGAGCUAUCCCCCGCCGCCUCAUCUCCCACAGGCUCAUUUUUAUUCCGCGCCUGACGUUGAUAUCCCUGGAGUGCCGCAACAAAAUGUCAAGCAACACCAGCAGCCUGGACAUUCAUUCUGUGCUAUCGAACCUCUUAGUGGUGCCUCACACAAGUCCGCCAAGACAGGGGGGAACGUGAUUCUAAUAGGCCGUGACGGUUGCUUGGACGUUUUGGCGAUAGAAAACUCGCGAACCAAAGUAGUAGGCUCUAUUCGGGGACUGAACGGAAGAGUCAUUGAUGCCAAGUUCUUGACAUGGUCCUCUGGCACUGACCCGUUUGCAGCUUUGCGCCCUCUAGUUGCUCUUACAAUCCACGGCCUUGCUCCAAAAGACGAAAACGCUGAUUCACCAGUCCCAUCUGGAGGUUCUGAACAGUUGGAUCUACUUACUGGUUCCUCUCCUAGGCAGACAGUAAAUUCGAAACCAGAUAUCCCACAGGCACAGACGAGAGUACAGAUAUAUUCUCUUCGGACUAGAGAACUUAUUUCAACCCUAUUUGCUACUAAGCCAGUCCUUUGUAUUGAUACCUAUCCUGGCAUCGCCCCGUACAUACCCCCACCUACAGCCAACCUGAGACUGCUUGCCAGUGGUAAUUUGGUUAUUAUUGCCUCCGGUACAAGUGGCGAAGUUAUGGUUUUUGGCGUGGCUCGUCCACCUUCUCCUCCCAUCUUCCAAUGUAUUGGCAAAUUAUGGACAAACAUACAACCAAAAGAGAGCCGGAGAUACUCUAAUUCUUCUGCUUCAACAGACGCAGACGACCCCCAGGCAGAGGCCGCACGAGCAGCUAAAAGUAUGGAUGUACCCAUACUCUCAGUCAGCGGACGUUGGCUUGCCGUAAUCAGCCCAUCACCCACCCGGGUUUCACUCCAAGGGGCGAUCCCACCUCAUAUUACGGCUAGAAAAAUAUACGGCGUUGAUGCUCAUACACCUCCAUCCCGGCCUUCCGUUACCUGUGGGGUAGACUCCGGUGAGGGUGAAAGUUUUCUUAAUAAAGUCGCGAGAGGCGUGACUCAAGAAGUUUUCAAAGGUGCACGAUGGAUUGGAGAUCAGGGUCUCCAAACUUGGAAUAAUUAUUGGAAUAAAGAUUCGCAGACUGGCCAUUCCACCCCAUUACGUCGGCCCCAGUCAAUGGAUCAGCAUAGUUUUGCUGCAGAAAUCCUACCUCCUACCCACGCACAAGAGACUCAAUCCCCUCCCUUAAACGAACCAGAACUUGUCUCUAUUUUUGACUUGAAGCCACUGGAAGACUUCCAAGAUGGAAAAUCUACGAACCCAAACCCAAUAGCUACGUUCCAACCUCCUCAUGGCUGUAGCUUUCUUUCUUUAUCGCCCAACGGACUCAUGCUACUGACUGCGAGCAAGAAAGGCGACAUACAAUGUAUUUGGGAUUUGAUGCAAAUUCGUCACUGCCGAGCUCGCGCCUUCCUUGCAGAAGAUCCGUCUUCCAAUGCGAAGUCUAACCCUCCUGCUACUCAUGUGCGACAAGUUGCUCGGUAUGCGAGGUUGACUACAUCAACGAUACGAGAUGUCAUAUGGACUGCUAAUGGUGAGCAUGUUGCCAUUAUUACUAAGAAGGGGACCACCCAUGUCUAUGCAGUUCCACUUUCCGCAUUCAGAUGGCCACCGCUACGACGGUCAACUGCCUCUGCAUCGGCAACCAACGCUGAAUCAAACACACGAGAUGAAGGAGCUGACGAUGCACCCCGCAAUCCCUUUUCAAGUGCCAUGAAGCUAGUAGGCGAUACUACGCAACCGUUCCUAGCGGCUAUGCGUGGCCGUGCCCCUAGCGUCGGUGCAGCAUUUGCGGUAACCAAAGGAUUCGCCAUUCCAUCCGCGGGAGGUAAAGUUGUUGCCGCAGGGUUAAGCAAAUCCGUUGGUGCAGCUACAGAAACCAUGAAUAGCCUCCGAUAUGUGGGUGAAAACCGCCUCCAUCCCUCUAAUUUUGCAAAAGAUAGCAUAGGUGUAAAGGCCGUAUGGAUUAGCGAUGAUCACAGCAAGGAAAUUUCCGUCGGUAUCAUGGACGGUGGCUCAUUCAAAGUAUAUCAAGUUGGCAAGAGCUCUGCUUCAUCAAAAAAUAGAAAACGGGCACAACCUUUUUUCGGAGGGAAGAUCCUCGAAGCACGCCUUCCAUCCGAGAUCCAGAAUGCCUAUACACACGAACAACCUAUCAUCCGGAGUUCGGAUACCACCGUCACUGGUUUCUGGUCUGGCCCCGUCCACCAUCGCCCUGCGGGUGGUUCCAAAAUAACGUCGCCCCCUUUGGCGCAAGCUGAAAUUCAGACCCAUGCUCCCUACCAACCAUUCCACACUGAUCGCCGCGUAACGUUGAUGGUCUACUCCUCCGAGUCCAGUAGCACUUCCCUGUCGGAACCAUGGGUAUUUGGGAAUGAUAUCCCGACACUUAAAGUCCAUGUCCGAAGUGUUUCCCGCAGCGACGACGAUGAUGGACCCAACUACGAAGGCCAGGUCAAGCCUCGUGAAAUGGAGAACCUUAUCAGCCUAGGUGGUGAACAUGUCAUUAUCACCACACGUCGCAAACGGGGCCAAGGUGCAAGUGGAGACAUCGUUGAUGAAGAUGGAUUCUUCGAAGAUGACUGCGAUGUUCUUGAUUUCGCGAGAGAUCGAGUUUAA